UAACAUUUGAAUAUAUCAGUUAUUGAUAAGAAUGGCGACAGUGCAACCGAUUGUGAAUAGUCAUUUGAGUGAACUAGAUGAAGAUGUGUUCCAUCAUUUCGGAUUCACCACAAAAUCAUUUGAUUUCAAAGAGAAGUUUGGUGAUGUCAAGUUCGUUUGUGUAUGUGGUAGCAGUGGUAGAAUCCAUAAUUUUGCAAUAUCAAUGGCUAAAUUAGCAGGUUUGGCAUUACCUGUAGAAAAUAUAGCCGGUUCGCAUGCCAGAUUUGUACUUUACAAAGUGGAUCAUAUAUUAUUUGCAGAUCAUGGAAUUGGUAUACCAUCAACAUUAAUUUUAAUGCAUGAAGUGACGAAAUUAUUAUAUUAUGCCGGUUGCAAGGAUGUGUUGUUUAUACGUUUAGGAACAUCCGAUGGUUUAGGAGUGAAACCUGGUACAUUAGUGUUGUCCGAUCGUUGCGUGAAUACCAAAUUAGAGCCAUAUAACGAAUUGUGUAUUCUUGGUAAACCUGUCCGUCGACAAACUAAAGUGGACUCAAAUGCUGUAAAUGAGUUGAAAAAGCUUUCUGAGGAUCUUUCGUUGAAAUGUUUAGUUGUUGUUGGUGGUACAAUCACUGCCAAUGACUUUUAUGAAGAGCUAGGAAGAUUGAAUGGAUCGAUUUGUACUUUUAGCAAAGAAGAAAAGUUAGCUUUUCUUCAGUCAGCUUAUGAGCAUGGAAUAAGAAAUAUGGAAAUGGAGGGUGCUGCAAUUACAUCUCAUUGCAAUUUAACCGGUCAUCGAGCCAUCCUAGUUUGCGUAACAGUUGUAAAUCGUCUUGAAACUGAUGAAGUUACUACAUCUACGGAUGAAUUUAAAUUAUUUGAACAGUUACCAGGUCAACUAGUUGGAGAAUAUUUGAAAAGAAACAAUGGGAUAAUUGUUCGUUAAUCCAUGAAACAUGAUUGUUAGUUAUUGCGAUCAGUUGUAACAAUGAUGAACCAACUUUGAGGUUUUAUAUAAACUUUAUUAUUUGAUUAAUUUUCUAUUACGUAAAUGACUUUUAAAUUGUUGUACUGGUUAUAUUUAACAUUUCGAAAUAUUCCACGUAAUUUUCACU